GAGCGAGCCAAGCGCGCCCCCCGCCCGUGCCAGCGGUGCCGCGCCGGGCGGCGUCUGGGCGGCAUGGAGAAGGACGGCCUGAGCCGCGCGGACCAGCAGUACGAGUGCGUGGCGGAGAUCGGGGAGGGCGCCUAUGGGAAGGUGUUCAAGGCCCGGGACCUGAAGAACGGAGGCCGUUUCGUGGCGCUGAAGCGCGUGCGGGUGCAGACGGGCGAGGAGGGCAUGCCGCUCUCUACCAUCCGCGAGGUGGCGGUGCUGAGGCACCUGGAGACCUUCGAGCACCCCAACGUGGUCAGGUUGUUUGAUGUAUGCACAGUGUCACGAACAGACAGAGAAACCAAACUGACAUUAGUGUUCGAACAUGUCGAUCAAGACUUGACCACUUACUUGGAUAAAGUCCCGGAACCUGGCGUGCCCACUGAAACCAUAAAGGACAUGAUGUUUCAGCUUCUCCGAGGUCUAGAUUUUCUUCAUUCUCACCGAGUAGUGCAUCGUGACCUAAAACCACAGAACAUUCUGGUGACCAGCAGUGGACAAAUAAAGCUGGCUGACUUCGGCCUUGCCCGCAUCUACAGUUUCCAGAUGGCUCUUACCUCAGUGGUCGUCACGCUGUGGUACAGAGCUCCAGAAGUCCUGCUUCAGUCCAGCUACGCCACCCCCGUGGACCUCUGGAGUGUUGGCUGCAUAUUUGCAGAAAUGUUUCGUAGAAAGCCUCUUUUUCGGGGAAGUUCAGACGUGGAUCAGCUUGGAAAAAUCUUGGACGUAAUUGGACUCCCAGGAGAAGAAGACUGGCCUAGAGAUGUUGCCCUUCCCAGGCAGGCAUUUCACGCAAAAGCUCCUCAGCCGAUUGAGAAGUUUGUAACAGAUAUUGAUGAACAAGGCAAAGACCUACUUCUGAAGUGCUUAACAUUCAAUCCAGCCAAAAGAAUAUCAGCCUACAGUGCCCUGUCUCACCCAUACUUCCAUGACCUGGAGAGGCGCAAGGAGAACCUGGACGCCCGUCUGCCGCCCAACCAGAACAGCUCAGACAUGAACACAGCCUAAGGCCCCCGCUGCUGCCUUGUGCUGAUCACCUGGAGAACACCCCUGGUGGCUGAUGCCACCCCUCCCUCACCCUGAGUAAGCCCCAGCAGAGCUGCUGAGGAUCACUGGCUGGGGACCUUCUAGUUGCCGUCUUCUGGACGGGCUCUGCUUCUCCAUGGAAACCGCUUAGUUUACUGUUUUGAAAUCAAUGCAAGAGUGAUUGCAGCUUUAUGUUCAUUCGUUUGUUUGUCUGUCUGUUUGUUUCGAGAACCUGGAAAAAUUCCAGAAGAAGAGAAGCUGCUGACCAAUUGUGCUGCCAUUUCAUUUUCCUAACCUUGAAUGCUGCCAGUGUGAAGUGAGCAAUCCAGGCACAGCUGAGUUAUGAUGUAAUCUCUCUGCAGCUGCCCCAGCCUGAUUCGGUACUUUUGAGUGAGAGUGUGUGGGCGCGCGCGCUUGUGUGUGUGUGUGUGAUUCUUGUUCUCUUAAAGUGUUACUUUCUGUAAACAACAAGAAGAAUUGAAUUUGAAAGACUCAAAGUGACCUAUAAAUAACAGGUUUCUGUUGACUACAGGUGAUUUAUCAGAAUGGGCUUCUUGAAUUAGAAAGUUGAGCCCAUGUCCUCAGAAUUUCAUGGUCAAAAGCAGUAAAUUUGCUAGCAUUAAAAGGUUCACUAUCUAGAUGAGGUUUUAUACACAAAACAAAGGAAAAAAAAAUACUGGUAUCUUUUAAAAGACCUGUUUUUUAAAGCAUACAAUCUAGUUACUCUUCAAAAAAAGCUGAAUUUACUCAGUAUAAGUCCAUUUUAACUUGUAUUAUAUGCUUUUAUUGUUUCUUUUGAAAAAUACCCUAUAAGCUUUUUCUUACUUGCUAUAGAUUAAGGGAGUGUACCUCAAAUAGGUAAAAUUGUCAAAAAAAAAAAAA